UCUGCUUGGUAUAAAUUCCUGGUUCCCGUGCCCUCCACGUAUAAAAAUCUUUCAGUUUGUGCAGCUCCUUGGAGCUCCCUUCUAUCGGCUAGAUUGGAAGCUGUCUGAUUUGAAUCCAUUUUUGCUCAAACAAACUAUUAAAAUUUGUAACGCGCCUCAGUUUAUCUUUUACCAGCUCCAGGUCAGAAGAGGGACCUGAAGGACACUCCCAACAGCCCCAGGAGCCCCAGGACACAGGUACCUGUUGAGCUCCUUGAAGGCGCAGCGUUCUUGCUGUCUCUGGAGGACACGGUUCUGGUGACCAGGACAUUCCACUCCCUCCAAAGCCUGCAGCCAGGAUCCUUGGAAAACUGGCAGAAGCCAGCAGAAGAGCACCUUUCUAUCCUAAGAUUAAGCUAAACCUCUUAUGCAUGCUUCAGAAAACCCUGGAUUCAACUCCCUGCUGAAUAUGCUAUGAGCUGAACACCUUAAAGGCACUCUGGGCAGUGUCUUCAUCUGUACAUAGGGAUAAUAACUCCACCUACAGCACCGGGUUACAGCAAGGAUUAAAGUAGAAAAAAGAAGAAGAAGAAAACAUGUCAGGACACAAAUGCAGUUAUCCCUGGGACUUACAGGAUCGAUAUACUCAAGAUAAGUCUGUAGUAAAUAAGAUGCAGCAGAAGUAUUGGGAAACGAAGCAAGCCUUUAUUAAAGCCACAGGGAAGAAAGAAGAUGAGCAUGUUGUUGCCUCUGAUGCAGACCUGGAUGCCAAGCUAGAGCUGUUUCACUCGAUUCAGAGAACCUGUUUGGACUUGUCUAAAGCAAUUGUACUCUAUCAAAAGAGAAUAUGUUUCUUGUCUCAAGAAGAAAACGAACUGGGAAAAUUUCUCCGAUCCCAAGGCUUCCAAGACAAAACCAGAGCAGGAAAGAUGAUGCAAGCAACGGGAAAGGCCCUCUGCUUUUCUUCCCAGCAAAGGUUGGCCUUGCGAAAUCCAUUGUGUCGAUUUCACCAAGAAGUGGAGACUUUUCGGCACCGGGCCAUCUCAGACACUUGGCUGACGGUGAAUCGCAUGGAGCAGUGCCGGACUGAAUACAGAGGGGCAUUAUUAUGGAUGAAGGAUGUGUCACAGGAGCUUGAUCCAGACCUCUACAAGCAAAUGGAGAAGUUCAGGAAGGUACAAACACAAGUACGCCUUGCCAAAAAAAGCUUUGACAAAUUGAAGAUGGAUGUGUGUCAAAAAGUGGAUCUUCUUGGAGCAAGCAGAUGCAAUCUGUUGUCUCAUAUGCUAGCAACAUACCAGACCACUCUGCUUCAUUUUUGGGAGAAAACUUCUCACACUAUGGCAGCCAUCCAUGAGAGCUUCAAAGGUUACCAACCAUAUGAAUUCACUACAUUAAAGAGCUUACAAGACCCUAUGAAAAAGCUGAUUGAGAAAGAAGAAAGGAAGAAGGUCACCCAGCAGGAAAGUUCAGAGGCCACGGUGGAGGAGCCGAGUCAGUUAAUUUCAUUAGAGGAUGAAAACCAACGCAAGGAAUCCUCUAGUUUUAAGACUGAAGAUGGAAAAAGCAUUUUAACUGCCUUAGACAAAAGCUCUACACAUAAUGCAUGCUCAGAUGAACUAUUAGGCAUGAAACCCGAGGAAGGUGCUUGCCUGGGCCCAGUGGCGGGGACCCUAGAACCCGAGGGUGCUGACAAAGAUGACCUGCUUCUGUUGAGUGAGAUCUUCAAUGCUUCCUCCCUGGACGAGGGUGAGUUCAGCAAAGAGUGGGCUGCCGUGUUUGGAGACGGCCGGCCGAAGGAGCCAGUGCCCACUGUGGCCGCCGGAGAGCCAGACCCCAGACCCCAGGCAGGCUCAGGAUUCCUUCCUUCACAGCUUUUAGACCAAAACAUGAAAGACUUACAGGCCUCACUCCAAGGCUGGUCAGAGAACAAUGUCAAUCCUCCUCCUAUUCCAUGGCCAGCACCACAGGCAAGCAGUCCAAAUGACAACAGCCCUGCAAUGAAAGAACCUGCCAAGGCUGCCUCCUCGGACCUGACUGCCUGGUUCAGCCUCUUUGCUGACCUCGACCCACUGUCAAAUCCUGAUGCUGUUGGGAAAACCGAUAAAGAACAUGAAUUGCUCAAUGCAUGAUUCUACAGCCUCUCGGAGGGAGCCCUCGUGCCACUCCUCGGCCACACACCUGGGGACACGCAGACGUAUGAAGUGAUCAGUAUGCUGUUUUCAUAUUUACGUGCCAUUUUAAUAAAAUGAAAGGGUCAGAGGCCCCGUUUA